CGCUGACACAGCACCAGCAGACAAUGAUGAUGAGCGAAGACAACAAGAAGCAGAAACGAGAGGCAACAGCUCACGAGGAGCAACAGCAAGGUGGUGGUGGCGGCGGCGGUGAUGCUGUUGUUACUGACAAUGAUAACAACGAACGAGAUGAACACGAUGUCCAUGCCAGCACACACAACGAUGGCAAGGAAGAGGAAGAGGAGGAGUUUGACAUGGCGGCAUUGGAUCGCCUGCCUCAAGAGCUGCUGGAGCGCGUCUUUGGGGAGGUGCCAUUGGAACAGCUCGUUGGCGUGGUGUCCAAGGUGUGCUUGAGAUUCCAAGUCGUGCUGAGCGACAUGCUCCGGCACAAGAUUGACCUGUCCAGGUGCUUUGACACGGCCAACGUCACGGACCAGAUGAUGUAUUCUCUGAUUGAGUGCAGCGCGCACUCGCUGCGGGAGCUGACGCUGUCAAAGUGCCCCUUUGUGACCUCUGCGGGCAUCAGCGCUCUCCAACGCUGCUGCCACCUGCACACCCUGCGCAUCAGCCACUCAUACGUCAGCGACUCUGCGCUCCAGUGCAUCCUCUCGCUUCCGUCCUUGCGCGUGCUUGACCUUUGGGGCAUCUCCAACACGGGCGUUCACAGGAAUGUGCACCCAAGGCACUGUAGAGUGGAAACGCUCAUCUCCAUCGACUCCUGGAUAUCAGGGGUGUUGUGGGUUCAACUGAAGGAACUACGGUCUCUCACUUUCUCCGAAGCGUCUUCGGGCGACGUUGCCAACAUCAACAACCUGGCUGGGGAGACGGGCAAACUGGAACACCUGUGUCUGCAGCGCAGCCGCUAUCUCCGCAACCACCUGUUCGACAAGAUGCAAAGUUUGCGCUCGCUCAAGCUGCGGAACUGCCACUUCAACAUCCGCCUCUUCGCCCCAGAUCGACGGCAGCACCGCCUUCAUCACUUGCUUGAGCACCUGCCCAACUUGGAAGAGCUUGAGCUCACCCACUGCGCCAACCUCUCGUUGGAGGCGUUUGAUGCGCAACUUGCGUUUCAUGGGCGCCACGCCCUCCAGUCCCUCACGCUGGACAAUUUGUCCGGUUUGACGGACGGCAUUUUGACGGCAAUGGUGGAGGCGACGCCCCACCUCAAGCGCUUUUCGCUCAAACGCUGCAAUUCCGUGACCAAGACAGGCAUUGCCUUUGUCGCAGCAACAUGCUCGCAGCUUGAGGAGCUGUCGUUGGUUGCGUGUGGAGAGGUGACGGACGAUGUUAUCACGGCGGUUGCUGAGCUUCGGCCAACGCUUCUGCACCUCAACCUCACAUCGAGCGCUGCUGUGACGGCCGCUGGCGUGGAUGUUGUGCUACACGAGUGCACGCGUCUCUCCUCGCUUGUUCUGCGUGGUUGCCCAUUUGCCCGUCCAUCCCGCGAAGCCCUCGCGCUGGCCAGGCGAAGGGGCGUUGACAUUACGCUGCCGUAUCUGCCUGCCGUGACCGCGCCAUCGUGUGUGGAUCCCAUGCAAGAGCUCCGGGCGUGGGACGCAUCUCUGAUGUCUGCUGCAUCGGUGCAGAUGGACGAGAGCGAACGCAACCACCAGCGCGCUGCCUUCCGGGGCGUGCAUGCUGCCGGCGUGGUUGUUGAGGGGGAGGUGCCCUGCUCCUGUGCAGUGACGGCGUGCCCCUGGUGCUGCGCGAUUGUGCGCAUUUGUCAGCGUCAUGAUCACCUCACCAUCUGCUCCGAACUUGUGCUUCCAUGCUUCAUCGGAUGCGGUGCGCAGCUGCCACGUCGGGAACAGACAGCUCACCGCCUCCACUGCCCGAGUUAUGUCGUGAAAUGCGGCUUCAACCCGGCGCACUCCAUUGCACUACCAAAGUACCGUCGACAUUUGGGCGAGCACCUUCAGACGGGGUACUGUGCGCCGUUGCCAGAGUACGCGCGUCCCUGCCCCAUGGUUUCCCACGGGUGCUCCUUCUCCGCAGGCUCCUUUGCCGCCGUCGCACGCCACAUGAGGGAGUGCUCGUUCUGGACGGUGUCGUGCCCCAGCUGUGAGGCGACGGUGGUACGCAGCGACUUUUACACGCACGUGCGUGCGUGCAUCCCAGCAAACCGCGUACACACGAGCAUGUCACACGUCAUCCUGCGCGAAGAGCAGCAGUGGGUGCUGCAUUCAACAGCAUAAACAGUAGUCACAUAUCACUGCGUCGCUCAACAAGCAAGCAAGCAAGAAGCAAG